AUGGCCGGCGCCGUGAGACAACCUAUUGACAUCCAGUCACUGGAGCGUUACAUUACCAAGAAUGUCCCCGAGAUCAAGGUCCCUAUCGACAUCAAACAGUUUGGAUUCGGACAAUCAAAUCCUACGUAUCAGCUUACCGCGAGCGAUGGUAUGAAAUACGUGUUGCGCAAGAAGCCUCCAGGAAAACUAGUCUCCAAAACCGCACAUAAAGUUGAGCGAGAAUACCGCGUUAUACAUGCCUUAGAGAAAACGGAUGUGCCUGUCCCGAAGACAUACAUUCUCUGCGAAGAUGAUAGUGUUGUUGGCACUCCGUUCUAUAUAAUGGAAUUUUUGGAUGGAAGGAUUAUCGAGGAUCCUACGAUGCCAGAUGUUACACCUGCCGAAAGGACAGAAAUGUGGCAUGAUGCCAUAAGGACACUGGCGAAGCUGCAUCGCAUUAAUCCAAAAGAUGUCGGUUUGGAAAGUUUUGGCAAGCCAUCGGGGUUCUAUGACCGACAAAUCAAGACCUUUACCACAAUCAGCAAAGCACAAGCCGAAGGAGUCGAUAUUGAGACAAAAGAAAUCGUUGGGCAGAUUCCGCAUAUUGAUGAGAUCCUAGCAUUUUUCAGUAGCCGGAGGUCACAGCCUAAGGAUCGGGGUACUCCAAUCCAUGGCGACUACAAGAUAGACAAUCUGGUUUUCCAUAAGACCGAGCCUCGGGUCAUUGGUAUAUUAGAUUGGGAAAUGUCCACAAUUGGCCAUCCCCUUUCUGACCUCGUCAACCUGAUAACACCCUAUAACCUCCAAGGCGAGAGCGACCUUGACCAUGCUCCGAGGUUCCAGGUAGGCGAAGUUCAAGGACUUCCGCGAAUAGACCAGUUAAUUAGUUGGUACGCGGGAAUCGCGGGCUGGGAUCCAGAACCGGAUUUGAAGUGGGGUGUUGCGUUUGGUUUUUUCCGAGCGACCUGUAUCUUUCAGGGAAUCGCAGCAAGAUACGCAGCAAGACAAGCAAGCAGUGCAAAGGCGAAGGAGGUUGGUGAACAGAGGCAUCCGAUGGGAGCGUUGGCUUGGAGGAGUGUUCAGAAGGCAAUGCAACUGAUUGAAAUGGGUUUCCCGGCAUUACCCUUGAAAACGCCCGGCGCUUCUCCAACUCCUAUUUCCAUUCAACCGCGUAUAAUCCCCACAGCUCAAGUUAAGCCCCGUUUACUACGCUAA